CAGGGGCUGCGCGAGCCGUCUCCGCCCUCGCGCGGGAGCUGGGCGGCUGCGAGAGCCUUGCUGCAGUAGCUUCCUCUGCCGCCUCGGAGCCGCUCGAUCCUUAGCCGCCCGGAUCCCGGCCGUAGAGGCUGCAGUUGCAGCCGGGAGCCCGCAGUCCGCGCCCCGAGCCCGCCUCCGUCCUCCGAGGGCGCCCCAGGCCGCGCCAUGGUGAAGGUGACGUUCAACUCCGCUCUGGCCCAGAAGGAGGCCAAGAAGGACGAUCCCAAGAGCGGCGAGGAGGCGCUCAUCAUUCCCCCCGACGCCGUCGCGGUGGACUGCAAGGACCCAGAUGAUGUGGUACCAGUUGGCCAGAGAAGAGCCUGGUGUUGGUGCAUGUGCUUUGGACUAGCAUUUAUGCUUGCCGGUGUUAUUCUAGGAGGAGCAUACCUUUACAAAUAUUUUGCACUGCAACCAGAUGACGUGUACUACUGUGGAAUAAAGUACAUCAAAGAUGAUGUCAUCUUAAAUGAGCCCUCUGCCGAUGCCCCAGCUGCUCGCUACCAGACAAUUGAAGAAAAUAUUAAAAUCUUUGAAGAAGAGGAAGUUGAAUUUAUCAGUGUGCCUGUCCCAGAGUUUGCAGAUAGUGAUCCUGCCAACAUUGUUCAUGACUUUAACAAGAAACUCACAGCCUAUUUAGAUCUUAACCUGGAUAAGUGCUAUGUGAUCCCUCUGAACACUUCCAUUGUUAUGCCACCCAGAAACCUAUUGGAGUUACUUAUUAACAUCAAGGCUGGAACUUAUUUGCCUCAGUCCUAUCUGAUUCACGAGCACAUGGUUAUUACUGAUCGCAUUGAAAACAUUGAUCCCCUGGGUUUCUUUAUUUAUCGACUGUGUCAUGACAAGGAAACUUACAAACUGCAACGCAGAGAAACUGUUAAAGGUAUUCAGAAACGUGAAGCCAGCAAUUGUUUCACAAUUCGGCAUUUUGAAAACAAAUUUGCCGUGGAAACUUUAAUUUGUUCUUGAACCGUCAAGAAAAACAUUAUUGAGGAAAAUUAAUACCACAACAUAACCCCACCCUUUACAUUUUGUGCAGUGAUUAUUUUUUAAAAUCUUCUUUCAUGUAAGUAGCAAACAGGGCUUUACUAUCUUUUCAUCUCAUUAAUUCAAUUAAAACCAUUACCUUAAAAUUUUUUUCUUUCUAAGUGUGAUGUCUUUUAUAUUUGAAUUAGUAACUGUAUGAAGUCAUAGAUAAUAGUACACGUCACCUUAGGUAGUAGGAAGAAAUCAUUUAUCUGGAUUUUUAUGUUUUAUUAGCAUUUUCAAGAAGAUAGAUUAUCUAAGAGAAUAAUCAUAUAUAUGCAUACAUAAAAAUGGACCACAGUGACUUAUUUGUAGUUAUUAGUUGCCCUGCUACCUAGUUUGUUAGAGCAUUUGAGCACACAUUUUAAUUUUCCUCUAAUUAAAAUGUUCAGUAUUUUCAUUGUCACAUUUAACUAUUUAGAGAAUGAUUUCCACCUUUAUGUUUUAAUAUCCUAGGCAUCUGCUGUAAUAAUAUUUUAGAAAAUGUUUGGAAUUUAAGAAAUAACUUGUGUUACUAAUUUGUAUAACCCAUAUCUGUGCAAUGGAAUAUAAAUAUCACAAAGUUGUUUAACUAGACUGCGUGUUGUUUUUCCCAUAUAAUAAAACCAAAGAAUAGCUUGGUUCUUCAUGUCUUAAGAGAAUCCACAUAAGGGAAGAAACUAUUUUUUAAAAAUUCACUUCUAUAUAUACAAUGAGUAAAAGCAUAGAUUUUUCUUUAAAUAAAAAUAAGUCAUUUUAAUAACUAAA